UGGCUAGGAGAUAAGUAAAGACUAGUCUAAGUCUGUUUCGGUCAGGAUGUGAACUCGGGUUUUCCCGAACACUACUCUCUUAAUCGUUUCAUUAAUCACUUUUUCAGAACAAAUUGGUUAAGAAAAAUCUGAUUUACUCUGUGGUUUUAUUCUUCUUAAUUUUAUUUUAUUUGAUUCUGUCAUUAUUAGUCCUAAUUAAUGUGACAAUUACUAUUAUAUUAUUCUCUUUUCAUGUAUACACUAUAAUUGUAGUAAUAAAAUAUGAAAAUAUUAAUCCAUUACUUUUUUACAUGAUUUAUUACAGGUAUGGGCUUAUAUGGAUCUCAACAACAUUGGUUUUUGUACUUGCCUUACUGGGUAAUCUUGCAACAUACCUUAUGCAAAGACAUAUAGACAACACUACUUCAUGGAACUUUGACGUUAACUUUGUGCAUACGGCUGCGUGGUCGAUAUAUGGCUAUGUGAUAGUUGUCCCAUUGGCAUACUACUUUUUCCUUCAGUAUAUGGGUUCAAAUGCUAAUCUUAUACGGUUUUGGUGCAUGUGGGGGUAUUCCCUCACCAUUUUCAUCUUGUCCUCUUUUCUAUUGCUUAUUCCGGUUGGGAUUCUUCGGUGGAUUAUAAUAGUCCUCGCUGGUUUUGCCUCAGCUAUCUUUGUUGCUUUGAACCUUAGAUCCUUUUUAGGAAGUGAUCUUUCGUUGACUGUAAUUGCAACAUUUGUCUUGCAAAUAGCUUUGGCCGUCUUCAUCAAAGUUCAGUUCUUCGGAUAAUUAAUUUGAAGUCUUGCAGUAGUAAAAUAAAAUAAAACAUGAGCCGCUAUCAUUGCUACCUCACUCCACUGGCUAGCUGUCUGCAGCAGAAUUGGUUUGUUCGUUUUUUCCUUUUCCCAUUCGAUAGAUGCUAGAAGAGUUACCGAAGAAAUGUGAUAGAUUGUGCUCCCGUAUCAACUUGGUCUUGACACCUUUGGCCAAAAACUAGUGAAAGACCAAUAUUUGGGAAGGUGAAGAAGUACAGAGAUUGAUGCAAUGUUUGAGCUCCCUCAACAAUUUUGUAAAUAUCAGACCUCGCAUUUUACUGCUUUUCUAAAAUUUAAUGUGUAUGUAAGGAGCUUCUAUGUCACGAUAAUGUUAACGGAUAUUCAGUAUUCCAAGGAAGGAGAUGUCUUCUUGUUUUCUUA